AUGCGCUCUUUAAUAGCUCCAUUCUUUUUGUCCUUUGCGAUAACGAUUUCCGCCACUGAACAGUGCGAUCUGGUUUUGGACGUUGUGCAAGUCUUGCAAGCCGUUCCUAAUGCUCCAGAAUUCUGCUCGACAUUGCUCCCAACCUCCACUGCAACCACUACUUCCAUCGCUAUAGAAACUGUAACAGAGAUCAGUUCUAUUGAGAAAACAGAGACAAGCACAAACACGGAGACGAUCACUGAGACAGAGACAACUAUUACUGGUUCCACAACUAGCACUGCUGAUGCUAUUUUAGUGACCAGCACUGGAACCGUCACUGUUCAAGCAUGCCGUCCAACCAUUACUCUGGGAAAACGAAAUGCUGCACAAGAAACAGCCUCCACUAGCAAGACGUGCACUAAGAACGAGUCUUCGAGCACUAUAGAUGAUCAUCCCAUACAGCCUACUAGCACUGUCGAAACCCCGACAAUAAGCACAAGCACUACCAUCUGUUCGAGCACUAUCCCUGGAUCCUACGUAACUUUGAGUUCUUAUCCCACUGUUUCUUCAACUUUUGAGUAUCGUUAUAUAGUUGCUUCAAGCAUCGUUCAACCGCAUGAAACAGUUACCCCGAGCAGUAUUCAGCAAUACUCUGCAGUCGAUUCCAGCAUCUAUCAGCCGUAUUCUACUGUUCAAUCAACCUCCACGAUAACGUCCUCGAUGGAACGAAGCACCCCAACUCCUCUGGUGUCAUGCGCAGAAGCGCCGGCAGAACUACAGCAAUUUGAAUGUGAAAGAAUCACUCGGGCAUGCGGUUGCCUUUCUCCCGAAAGUUCUACGAUCACCCAGAUUGUAUACAGCUCAGUCACUGUUGUCGAACAGUCGACAAGCACGCUCGUGACUAACAUUGUAACCACCGAGACUGCUACAUCUACACAAUCGAUCGACGCAACGGAACACUACACUCCAACAUCAACCGUUGUCACCAUGGUUACUGAAACAGCGCCCGCCCCUGAUUUCAACAACGACCGGAACAACUGUGGAACAUGCGAUAACGUGUGUCUUCAAGACGACAUUUGCUCCCUUGGUAGGUGCACCCCUGCUCAAGCCGUGACCAACCCCGGCUUCGAAGAUUCUAGCACAGCUCCGUGGAUUCUCUUUCCUGGAGGCUACGAGAUUUUCAACACAGGCAACCCCCAAUACGGCUUAAAAACACCUCGUAUUGCGCGCGAGCGGGGACUGUUUGCGAGCAUUCGUCAGAUACCUACAAUCCUUCCAGGCAACUAUUUAAUUGAGUUCAGCAUUAAGGUAGAAGGCCCCGACCCAUCCAAAUGUCUUGUUAUAUUGACAGGUAUUGCUCAAAUGGAAUAUGGGGGUGCACCCAACUCAGAUUGGAACACUUAUUCGUAUACAUUGGCUAGUGCGGGUAGCAAUAACCAGUUCAUCCGCAUUGUUGUCAGUUGCGCAUCAACACCCCAGAGUGGAUAUGUUUACUUUGACAAUAUCACUGUUAAGUCAAUUUCAUAGAAGCGGAUAAUUGGUAUUUUCGUAAGACAUAAUGUAUAAUUAAUUAUUAACGGAAGCUAUCGUUGUGAUACAUACUUAGCUUAGCUCUGUUGGAAACCUUGGU